UUAUAAUGGUAUAUAUUUAUGCUCCUCGGUUCACGACAACCUUAACGUAAUUCUAACUCCCUCCCAAAACCCAAUUCUCUCUCUCUCUCUUAUCUCUCACUCUGUGUUUCAGGUUCCUGAAAGUUAUCAUUUCUCUUUUAAUUUGCAAGUGUUUUUAAAGUUUUAAACGUAAAAUAUAAAUGAUCCGUCCCGGUUUCUUUAUUCUAAUCUGAUAAAAAUUUAAUAUUUUAAAAAGUCUGCUAAUUUACCAUCUCCCCUUUUUGGAAGAAGACAAAACUACUUUAUUAAACAUUUCUUUUCCCCAUCUUUAUCUUUCUCCUUCGUUCUGUCGGUGUGAUUCAAAAGUUUUAUCGAAAACAAAGGUUCAGACUUCCCUGCUUUUGAAAUCCAACAACACAGAAUAAGAAAGAAGAAGAAGAAAAAAAAAAUGGUCGAAACAGGAAACUAUCAACACCCACCGGUGGCAGCGCCACCAGUACCCCAUGCCACCCCACCACCACCUGGACCGCCACCCCUUGCUAUCUCCAGGGGACCCACUUGGACUCCUGCCGAGCAGCUCCACCAGCUCCAGUACUGCAUCCAUUCCAAUCCUUCCUGGCCUGAAGCACUUUUGCUGGCUUUCCAACACUAUAUCGUGAUGCUCGGAACUACUGUUCUAAUAGCCAACACUCUUGUACCGCAAAUGGGAGGAGACCAUGGUGAUAAAGCCCGGGUGAUACAAACUUUGUUGUUUAUGUCUGGGAUUAACACGCUGCUGCAAACACUUAUUGGGACAAGGCUUCCUACAGUAAUGGGUGUAUCCUUUGCUUUCAUUUUGCCUGUGCUGUCCAUCAUCAAUGAUUACUCUGACAGGCAAUUCUCAUCAGAACAUGAGAGGUUUCAACAUGUUAUGAGAACUAUUCAGGGUUCCUUAAUUGUUUCUUCCUUUAUCAACAUACUUCUUGGGUAUAGUCAGGUGUGGGGGAACUUGACUAGAUAUUUUAGUCCCAUUAUCGUUGCACCGGUGGUUUGUGUGGUCGGUCUUGGUCUGUUCAUGAGGGGCUUUCCACUGCUUGGCAAUUGUGUGGAAAUUGGUCUGCCCAUGCUGAUUCUACUUGUCAUUUCCCAACAAUAUUUGAAGAAUAUCCACCCAAGGAUUCAUAUGGUACUUGAGAGAUUUGCUUUGCUUUUCUGCAUCGGGAUUGUCUGGGCUUUUGCUGCUAUCCUCACUGUUGCUGGUGCGUACAACAAUGUUUCACCGCUAACUAAACAGAGUUGCCGCACAGAUCGGGCAUUCCUUAUGUCUACUGCUCCUUGGGUUAAAAUCCCUUACCCAUUUCAGUGGGGUACACCCAUAUUCAGAGCAAGCCACGUAUUUGGGAUGAUGGGGGCAGCUCUUGUUUCAUCUGUGGAGUCAACGGGAACAUUUUUUGCUGCAUCACGGCUUGCAGGUGCCACAGCCCCUCCUGCACAUGUCCUCAGCCGCAGUAUCGGCCUGCAGGGUAUUGGUAUGCUGCUUGAAGGAAUUUUUGGUUCUGCUGUUGGUACCACUGCAUCCGUUGAGAAUGUUGGCCUUCUUGGAUUAACACACAUAGGGAGCAGAAGAGUUGUACAGAUUUCGACUGGCUUCAUGAUCUUUUUCUCCAUAUUCGGGAAAUUCGGUGCCUUCUUUGCUUCUAUUCCUUUGCCUGUUUUUGCUGCCAUAUACUGCAUUUUGCUUGGCAUAGUUGCUGCGAUCGGGAUCUCAUUCAUGCAGUUUGCUAAUCAUAAUUCCAUGAGAAACAUUUACAUUUUGGGUGUCUCCCUUUUCCUCGGGAUAUCAAUAUCCAUCAUCCUGUUAUGUUUGCAGUUUAAUGAUAUAUUAAACACAAUCUUCUCAUCACCUCCGACUGUGGCAAUGAUUGUCGGGACACUGCUUGAUAACACACUUCAGGCAAGAUACGCAAUUGAUGACAGAGGACUUCCAUGGUGGAAACCUUUCCAGCACAGAAAGGGAGACGUUAGAAACGAGGAGUUUUACAGUCUUCCGCUGAGGAUAAGCGAAUAUAUCCCCACCAGAUUCCUGUGAGCAUAACCCACGUACCUGUUGUGUGUGAUUAGCUAUUAUAUAGUUUUUGGGCAAAAUUGUUACCAUGCAUGAUGAGGUAUGUUUCAUUGCAUUGCUGUGAUUGAUUGAGCUGAUGUAGGACUAAUUUUGCCCAAAUUAUGAGAAGGGUUUUCCCUUUCUUCUCAAGAAAAAUGAAUCUUGAUGGUGGUGUGGUGGGGACAGACUUUGAAGGAGGAAUAAUUAGGGCACUUUUAUGGCACAUGAAAAACAAAAUACCACAAGCACUCUAGUGCAUCGAUGGCGAAGACAGUAUGGUUCGGGUUCGGAUCUUUUUUGCUCUCAUGUAAUUGUUGCACUAAAUGUUUAAAAUAUUAUUUAUUUGUUUAACAAAUUUUAAAUA